UGAAUGGCAGUGAAAAGGAGUCACAGGAGAUCACAGCGCAGAGAGUUUGGCCCCUUUUGGCGAGAUGGUUGAGUCCUCGUCAAGGUUGCUGUGGGAUCCCAGCAUCACCGUUCACUUCGAGCCACACCGUGAUCCGCUCCGCUUCUGGCUGAGGGAAAGAACAACUACCUUCAUGUGAAUAUGAACAUAGAUGACACAGAGGGGCACAGCGUCAGAUCAACGGGAUUCCUGUCCGUUUUCAAGAGAGGAUGUAUUAGAUGUGGUCCGGUGGACUCCCAAGCAAAGAAAAUGGGGAUUAAAACUGGAGUUACAUUUUGGAAUCUGAUAUUUUUUAUGAUGGUCACAUGCGUGCGAGGUUUCAUAUAUACAUGUGGUGGAACAUUAAAAGGAAGGAAUGGGACCAUUGAAAGUCCUGGUUUUCCAUAUGGAUAUCAGAACGGGGCAAACUGUACGUGGGUUAUUGUAGCAGAGGAGGGCAACCGAAUUCAAAUAGUCUUUCAGUCAUUCGCAGUGGAGGAGGACUAUGACUUUUUAUCUCUCUACGAUGGACACCCGCACCCAGCUAACUUCAGGACGAGGUUAACGGGUUUCCAAAUCCCACCUCCUGUCACAAGCACUGGGUCUGUAUUCUCCUUGAGACUCACCAGUGACUUCGCCGUGAGCGCGCACGGCUUUAAAAUCUACUAUGAAGAAUUGCAGAGCAGUUCUUGUGGGAACCCUGGCGUCCCGCCUAAAGGCAUCCUGUACGGGACACGCUUUAAUGUAGGCGACAAGAUCCGCUACAGCUGUGUAACCGGCUAUGUGCUGGACGGCCAUCCUCAGCUCACCUGUGUGACCAAUGCAGGCAAUGCUGCCGUGUGGGACUUCCCAGUGCCCAUCUGCAGAGCUGAGGACACAUGUGGUGAUACUCUGAGGGGUUCAAGUGGCAUCAUUACGAGUCCCAAUUUCCCGAGUGAAUAUUACAAUAGUGCGGACUGUACGUGGACCAUACUUGCUGAUCCCGGAGACACCAUCUCCAUCAUUUUUACAGACUUCCAGACGGAGGAAAAGUACGAUUACUUGGAGGUGGAGGGGUCCGAGCCGCCAACAAUAUGGUUAUCCGGAAUGAAUGUCCCAUCUCCUAUUGUUAGCAACAAGAACUGGCUGAGGUUACACUUUGUUACUGACAGCAACCAUCGAUACAAAGGCUUCAGCGCCCAUUAUCAAGUGAAAAGGUCUGUAGAUUUCAAAUCUAGAGGAGUAAAAUUAUUCCCUGGCAAAGACAACAGCAACAAGUUUUCUAUCUUAAACGAAGGAGGAAUCAAACAGGCCUCUAACUCCUGUCCAGACCCAGGGGAACCUGAAAACGGCAAGCGCAUUGGCAACGACUUUAGUAUUGGUGCCACAGCCCAGUUCACCUGUGAUGAAGACCACGUUCUCCAGGGCUCCAAGAGCAUCACCUGUCAGAGAGUGGCGGAGGUGUUCGCAGCUUGGACUGAUCAUAGACCUGUUUGUAGAGUGAAAACUUGUGGAUCUAAUCUUCAAGGUCCAUCGGGGACGUUCACCUCACCCAAUUUCCCCAUUCAGUAUGAGAGCAACUCCCAGUGUGUGUGGAUCAUCACAGCCAGCAACCUAAACAAGGUGAUUCAGAUUAACUUUGAGGAGUUUGACCUAGAACUGGGCUAUGACACACUAACCAUCGGUGAUGGAGGGGAAGUAGGAGACCCGAAAACCAUUUUGCAAGUUCUGACUGGCAGCUUUGUUCCCGACCUCAUCGUUAGCAUGACCCAUCAGAUGUGGCUUCACCUCCAGUCUGAUGAAAGCGUGGGAUCUAUAGGCUUCAAGAUCAACUACAAAGAAAUCGACAAGGAGAGCUGUGGGGACCCAGGCACCCCUUUGUAUGGGAUGAGAGAAGGAGAUGGAUUCUCUAAUGGUGACGUGUUACGCUUUGAGUGCCAAUUUGGAUUUGAGCUUAUUGGAGAGAAGACAAUAUCCUGUCAGAACAACAACCAGUGGUCUGCCAACAUCCCCAUCUGCAUUUUUCCCUGUCUUUCAAACUUCACUGCACCCAUGGGCACAGUGCUCUCUCCGGAUUACCCAGAGGGCUAUGGGAACAACCUUAACUGGUGGCUGAUCCUAUCAGAACCCGGCAGCCGUAUCCACUUGGCCUUCAAUGACUUUGACCUAGAGGCUCCAUAUGACAUCCUGACCGUGAAGGAUGGAGAGAUGCUUGACUCGUCUGUGCUUGGCCGUUUCACUGGGGCAGAGGUGCCGUCCCACCUCACCAGCAACAACAACAUUCUCCGGCUGGAGUUCCAGGCUGACCACUCCAUGUCGGGCAGAGGUUUCAACAUUACCUACACCACAUUUGGCCAUAAUGAGUGUCCGGAUCCAGGAGUCCCCCUGAACGCCAGACGUUUCGGUGACAGUUUCCAGCUAGGCAGCUCCAUCUCGAUCAUCUGCGAGGAUGGCUUCAUUAAGACACAGGGAGCAGAAACCAUCACUUGUGAGCUCAGCGGUGGCAAGGUGAUGUGGAGCGGCCCCAUCCCAAAGUGUGAAGCUCCCUGUGGAGGCCACUUCUCAGCUCCGAGUGGAGUUAUUUUAUCUCCUGGGUGGCCUGGUUACUACAAAGAUUCGCUCAACUGUGAGUGGGUCAUAGAGGCUGAACCGGGACGCUCCAUCAAGAUCACAUUUGAGAAAUUUCAGACAGAGUUGAAUUGUGAUUUCCUGGAGCUUCAUGAUGGGCCCAAUCUUCUCUCUCCUCUAAUUGGCUCGUUCAACGGCACCCAAGUGCCUCAGUUCCUAUUCAGCAGCGGCAACCACCUGUACAUGCUUUUCACCACUGACAACAGCCGCUCAAACAGUGGCUUCAAGAUCCUGUAUGAAAGCGUAACAAUAGAUGCCUACUCCUGCCUGGAUCCAGGGAUUCCAGUCAACGGUCUUCGCUAUGGUCAGGACUUCUCCAUCGGUUCCACCGUGUCCUUUGGCUGUGACUCAGGCUACCGCCUCAGCCACGAAGAGCCAUUGGUCUGUGAAAAGAACCAUUGGUGGAGCCACCCACUACCCACCUGUGACGCACUCUGCGGGGGUGAUGUUCGAGGACCUGGAGGUACCAUCCUGUCCCCAGGAUACCCUGAGGUCUACCCCAGCUCCCUUAACUGCACUUGGACUGUGGAGGUCAGCCAUGGCAAAGGUGUUCAGUUCACCUUUAACACCUUCCACCUGGAGGAUCAUCAUGACUACCUGCUCAUCACUGAGAAUGGGAGUUUUGUUCAGCCGCUCGCCCGCCUCACAGGCGCAGAACUGCCCUCGCCCAUCAACGCGGGGCUCUAUGGCAACUUCAAGGCCCAGCUCCGCUUCAUAUCUGAUUUCUCCAUCUCCUACGAAGGGUUCAACAUCACAUUUUCAGAAUACAACCUGGAGCCAUGCGAGGAUCCAGGAGUGCCACAUUUCGGGCGGCGUAACGGUUACAGCUUUGGCAUCGGAGAUACACUUACCUUUUCCUGCAAUAUGGGCUACCGCCUGGAGGGAGUACCAGAAAUCAUUUGCCUGGGAGGGGGUCGGCGCAUGUGGAGCGCACCUCUGCCAAGGUGUGUUGCUGAGUGCGGCUCAUCUGUCAUCAACAAUGAAGGGAUUCUGCUGUCACCAAAUUACCCCAUGAACUACGAGAACAACCAUGAGUGCAUUUACAGCAUACAGGUGCAGGCUGGGAAAGGAAUCAACAUUUCUGCCAGAACAUUCCAUCUGGCCCAGGGUGACAUUCUGAAGAUCUAUGAUGGUAAAGACAACGCGGCUCACAUGCUGGGGGCCUUCACCGGUUCAUCUAUGCUGGGUCUGACCCUCAUCAGCACCUCCAAUCACCUUUGGCUGGAGUUCUACAGUGAUGCAGAGGCCACUGGAGAAGGCUUCAAACUGGUCUAUUCCAGUUUUGAGCUUUCUCACUGUGAGGACCCUGGGGUGCCCCAGUUUGGCUUCAAGGUCAACGACCAGGGCCACUUCUCUGGCAGCACCAUCACCUACAAGUGCGACCCCGGAUACACACUGCACGGCAGCGGCUUGCUCAAAUGCAUGACAGGAGAGAGGCGGGCCUGGGAUAAUCCUCUUCCUUCCUGCAUCGCUGAAUGCGGUGGACGUUUUAAAGGGGAGACAUCAGGACGCAUUUUGUCGCCAGGUUAUCCGUUCCCCUAUGACAACAAUCUGCGCUGUACCUGGGUUGUCGAGGUGGAUUCGGGCAACAUCAUCAGCCUACAGUUUCUAGCCUUCGACACCGAAGCAUCCCACGACAUCCUGAGGGUAUGGGACGGGCCUCCAGAGAAUGAGAUGUCUUUGAGGGAGGUGAGUGGCUCUCUGCUACCGGAGAACGUCCACAGUACUCUCAACAUGAUUACCAUUCAGUUCGAGACUGACUUCUACAUCAGCAAGUCUGGAUUUGCCAUAGAGUUCUCCAGUUCAGUGGCCACUGCCUGCAGGGAUCCAGGAGUGCCUAUGAACGGCAGUCGUAAUGGAGAUGGUCGGGAGCCUGGAGACACUGUAACCUUUCAGUGUGAUCCUGGGUAUGAACUGCAGGGAGAUGUAAAGAUUACUUGCAUUCAAGUGGAGAACCGCUACUAUUGGCAACCAAGCCCUCCUGUCUGUAUAGCUCCGUGUGGGGGCAAUCUCACCGGUUCCUCUGGGUUUAUUCUGUCGCCCAACUUCCCUCAUCCAUACCCGCACAGCAAGGACUGCGACUGGCUCAUAGCCGUCAACUCUGAUUACGUCCUGUCUCUUGCAUUCAUCAGCUUCAGCAUAGAGCCCAACUAUGACUUCUUGUAUAUCUACGAUGGACCGGACAGCAACAGCCCGCUGAUCGGGAGCUUUCAGGACAGCAAGCUUCCAGAACGAAUAGAGAGCAGCUCCAACACCAUGUACCUGGCCUUUCGCAGUGAUGGCUCUGUCAGCUACACUGGCUUCCACCUGGAGUACAAAGCUAAGCUGAGGGAGUCAUGCUUUGAUCCCGGUAAUGUGAUGAAUGGCACUCGGUUGGGCAGCGACUACAAGCUGGGCUCCACUGUGACCUUCUACUGUGAGGCAGGCUACGUCCUCCAGGGCUAUUCCACGCUUACCUGCAUUAUGGGUGAUGAUGGCAGGCCUGGCUGGAACAGGGGGCUGCCCAGCUGUCAAGCACCAUGUGGAAGUCGGUCUACUGGGACUGAAGGAACCGUGCUGUCACCGAAUUUCCCAAGGAACUACACAACGGGACAGAGCUGUGUGUACUCUAUCUCUGUACCCAGGGAGUUUGUUCUAUUUGGACAGUUUGUCCUGUUCCAGACAUCGUUGAAUGAUGUUGUGGACAUUUAUGAUGGGCCAACACAGCAGUCCUCUCUGCUGUCUUCUCUCUCUGGGUCUCACUCAGGCGAGUCGUUGCCUUUGAGUACAGGAAAUCAAAUAACUAUCAAGUUUACUACAGUUGGACCGGAAACUGCCAAAGGCUUUCAUUUUGUCUACCAAGCCGUACCAAGGACCAGUGCCACGCAGUGCAGCUCUGUUCCAGAACCUCGUUUCGGCAAACGAAUUGGCAACAACUUCGCCGUGGGCGCGUCAGUGAUGUUCGAGUGUAACCCAGGCUACACGCUCCACGGCUCCACUGCCAUUCACUGUGAAACCGUCCCUGAUGCUCUGGCUCAGUGGAACGACACGUUGCCCACUUGCGUCGUGCCUUGCGGAGGGAUACUGGCAAUGCGUAAGGGGACCAUUUUGUCCCCGGGUUACCCGGAACCCUACGAUAACAACCUCAACUGUGUGUGGAAGGUGUCUGUUCCUGAGGGAGCUGGAAUCCAAAUCCAAGUUGUGAGUUUUGCCACGGAACAUAACUGGGAUUCUCUGGAUUUCUAUGAUGGUGCAGACAACAAUGCACCCAGACUGGGCAGCUAUUCAGGAACCACCAUUCCUCAGCUCCUGAAUAGCACAUCUAACAACCUCUACCUGAACUUUGUGUCAGACAUCAGUGUGUCAGCAGCAGGCUUCCAUCUGGAAUACACCGCUAUUGGCCUAGAUACAUGUCCAGAGCCUCAGACUCCGACCUAUGGGAUUAAAGUAGGGGAUCGAUACAUGGUGGGAGAUGUUGUCAUGUUCCAGUGUGAGCUAGGAUAUUCUUUACAGGGAAAUGCUCAUAUCACAUGCAUGCCUGGACCAGUGAGGAGGUGGAAUUAUCCGGUACCUCUUUGCCUCGCUCAUUGUGGUGGAUCCAUGACGGAGGUUAGCGGAGUAAUUCUGAGCCCUGGUUUUCCUGGCAACUACCCAAGUGGUCUGGACUGCACCUGGACGGUCACCCUUCCCAUUGGCUUCGGAAUCCACGUGCAGUUCCUGAACUUCUCCACUGAGGCAAUCCACGACUACCUGGAGAUCCGAAGCGGGCCUAGUGAGACUGGUACAGUGAUUGACAGGUUCAGUGGGCCGCAGGUUCCUGAGUCGCUCUUCAGCACCACCCACGAAACCAGCUUCUUCUUUCACAGCGACUAUUCCCAGAAUAAACCUGGAUUUCAUAUUACAUACCAAGCCUAUCAGCUGCAGAGCUGUCCUGACCCCCGACCUUUCAGGAAUGGUAUCGUAAUAGGCAGUGACUUUAGCGUGGGCAUGACGGUGUCUUUCGAGUGUUUACCCGGUUACUCACUCAUCGGCGAGACCUCUUUAACAUGCCUCCAUGGAAUCAGCAGGAACUGGAACAACCCUAUACCACGCUGUGAAGCUCUGUGUGGUGGAAACAUUACCUCCAUGAACGGCACCAUCUUCUCCCCGGGUCACCCAGCUGAAUACCCCAACUUCCAGGACUGUGUGUGGAGUGUCCGGGUGCCCCCUGGAAAUGGCAUCUACAUCAACUUCACCGUCCUCAGCACUGAACCCAUCUACGACUACAUCACUGUGUGGGAUGGUCCUGACCAGAGUUCGCCCCAGAUCGGUCAAUUCAGUGGUAACACAGCCCUGGAGUCUGUCUACAGCACGUCCAAUCAGAUCCUCAUCAAGUUCCACAGCGACUUCAGUGGAAGUGGUUUCUUUGUGCUUAGUUACCAUGCCUACCAGUUACGAGUCUGCCAGCCUCCAUUGGAAGUGGCAAACGCAGAUAUCCUGAUGGAGGAUAAUGAGUUGGAGAUAGGUGAUAUUAUCCGCUAUCGCUGUCACCCCGGAUUCACCCUGGUGGGGAGCGAGAUUUUGACAUGCAGGCUGGGAGAACGGCUACAGAUGGACGGACACCCUCCUUCCUGCCAAGUGCAAUGUCCUGCUCAUGAUGUCCGAUUUGACUCAUCUGGGGUGAUUUUGAGCCCUGGGUAUCCAGACAGUUACCCCAACCUACAGAUGUGUUCUUGGAGCAUCAACGUGGAGAAGGGCUACAACAUCACCCUGUAUUUUGAGUUUUUCCAGACAGAGAAAGAAUACGACAUUCUGGAAGUCUUUGAUGGACCCACAAUUCAUAGUCAGACACUGGCUACAUUGAGUGGUGACCUCCCCACACCCUUCAACAUCACCACCACUGGCCACCAGCUUCUUCUGCGCUGGUCAGCUGACCACGGCACCAAUAAGAGGGGGUUCCGCAUCCGCUAUGUCGCUCUGUACUGCAGCACCCCGGACUCUCCUCUCCAUGGAUCCAUAAGCAGCCAGACCGGAGGACACCUAAACAGCCUGGUACGCUGGGCCUGUGAUCGUGGAUACCGGCUUAUUGGGAAGAGCACUGCCGUUUGCAAGAAGACCCCCUUCGGCUACUAUGCCUGGGACGCCCCGGUUCCUGCUUGCCAAGCUGUCUCCUGUGGGGUGCCCAAGGCUCCUGUGAAUGGAGGAGUGCUUGCCAUGGACUACUCAGUGGGUACACGUGUGACCUACUUCUGCAACGAUGGCUACCGGCUGUCCUCCAAAGAGUUGACCAGUGCUGUGUGCCAGCCUGACGGCACCUGGAGCAACCACAACAAAGUCCCUCGCUGCUCAGUUGUGGUUUGCCCAAGUAUCGGAUCUUUCUCUCUGGAACAUGGAAGAUGGCGGAUCGUUAACGGUUCGCAUUAUGAGUACAGGACCAAAAUCAUCUUCACCUGUGAUCCUGGCUAUUACCGCUUAGGCCCCGCCCACAUUCAGUGCAUGGCCAAUGGUGUGUGGAGCUGGAAGAACGAAAGGCCCCACUGCCAAAUCAUCUCAUGUGGGGAUCUGGCCACACCUCCCAGUGGCAAGAAAAUUGGAACUCAGACCUCCUUUGGGGCCACAGCCAUAUUUACAUGUGACAAUGGGUAUAUGCUGGUGGGAUCUACUGUGAGAGAGUGUCUAUCUUCUGGUCUGUGGAGUGGAACAGAGACGCGCUGCUUGGCUGGCCACUGUGGUUUACCCGAGCAGAUCGUCAACGGUCAGGUGAUCGGGGAGAACUUCGGCUACAGAGACACGGUAGUGUACCAGUGCGUCUCCGGCUUCCGCCUCAUCGGCUCCUCUGUGCGCAUCUGCCAACAAGACCACAACUGGUCCGGACAGCUGCCCAUCUGCGUCCCCAUCAGCUGCGGGCAUCCAGGGAGCCCCAUCUAUGGGCGUACCGUAGGCAAUGGCUUCAACCUGAAUGAUGUGGUGAGCUUCUCCUGCAACAUGGGAUACGUGAUGGAGGGCCCUUCUCGGGCUCAGUGUCAGGCCAACCGACAGUGGAGCCAGCCACCACCAACAUGUAAAGUUGUCAAUUGCUCUGAUCCUGGGAUUCCAGCCAACUCUAUCAGGCAGAGUAAGAUCGAGCAUGGAAACUUUACCUUUGGCACGGUGGUAUUCUACGACUGCAACCCCGGCUAUUACCUGUUUGGCUCUCCUGUCCUCACCUGCCAGCCCACGGGUCAGUGGGACAAACCGCUGCCCGAGUGUAUCGUGGUGGACUGCGGACAUCCUGGAUCUCCUCCCAAUGGAGUGCUGAGCGGGGACAAAUUCACCUUUGGCGCCACGGUGCGCUACAGCUGCAUGGGUGGCCGGCAACUGAAGGGCGAGUCCUCACGAACCUGCCAGCUCAACGGCCAUUGGAGCGUACCCAUGCCCUUUUGCUCAGGUGAUUCAUCAGGGACAUGCGGUGACCCAGGCACACCAUCCCAUGGCAGCAGAGAUGAGAGUGACUUUCGAAUACGUAGUAAAGUGCACUUCAGCUGCUCGGUGGGAUACGAGCUUUUUGGCUCCGCAGAAAGGAUGUGCUUCCCCAACGGCACAUGGUCCGGUACUCAGCCCUCCUGCAAACCGGUGCAGUGUGGUAACCCUGGGACUCCCAGUAAUGGACGGGUAUAUCGACUGGACGGCACCACCUUCUCACAUUCAGUCAUCUAUUCCUGUAUGGAUGGUUACCUGCUAAGUGGUUCCACCACACGGCAAUGCCAAGCUAACGGCACCUGGUCUGGCACUGCACCCAACUGCACCUUGAUCAACUGUGGAGACCCAGGAGUGCCAGCCAAUGGCCUGAGAUAUGGUGAAGACUUCACCAUUGGACAAAACAUCACUUUCAUGUGCCAGCCUGGCUAUACAAUGGAAAUCGAGAGUUUCUCCACCAUCACUUGUACCGGAAAUGGUACCUGGAACGCCCCUGUGCCUUUCUGUAAAGCCGUUACCUGCACAGCUCCUCCACCCAUCUCAAACGGCCUCCUGGAGGGACGUGACUUUGAGUGGGGCACCAGCGUGAGUUACAGCUGCUCCCCAGGAUAUGAGCUCUCUUUCCCUGCCAUUCUCACCUGUGUGGGCAAUGGUACAUGGAGUGGUGAGGUGCCCCAGUGCUUGCCUAAGUUCUGUGGGGAUCCGGGAAUCCCUGCUUUUGGCUCGAGGGAAGGCCGCAGCUUCAUCUUCCAGUCCGAGGUGUCAUUUAACUGCAUGGCUCCCUACAUCCCAGUAGGCAGUACUACACGCAUUUGCCAGGCUGAUGGCACCUGGAGUGGAUCCCAGCCUCGCUGUAUAGAGCCAACUCGUACCACCUGUGAGAACCCUGGGACGCCCCGUUAUGGCUCUCUUAACAGGACUUUUGGCUUUAAGGUUGGGAGUAUGGCGUCUUUCCAGUGUCAGCCUGGUCACCUGCUGCAGGGCUCCACCACACGACUCUGCCAGGCCGACCUAACCUGGAGCGGGACCCAGCCAGAGUGCAUCCCCCACAGUUGUAAACAGCCAGAGAGUCCUCCUCAUGUGGAUGUCAUGGGUAUGGAUCUACCCUCCUAUGGUUACACGCUCAUCUACACUUGCCAGACUGGCUUCUUUUUGUCUGGUGGCUCUGAGCACCGGGUCUGCAAGUCUGAUGGAACCUGGACUGGGAAGAUGCCUGUGUGUCGAGCGGGCUCCAAACUCUCCGAAAAGCCUAUUAAACCUGUCCCAGGGACACCGAGUCCAAAGCUAAAUGUUCCUGAUGAUGUAUUUGCCCCUAACUACAUCUGGAAGGGCUCAUAUAACUACAAAGGAAGAAAACAACCAAUGACUUUGAGUAUCACAAGCUUUAAUACAACCACGGGUAGAGUUAACGUCACAUUAACAAGCAGCAACAUGGAACUACUGCUUUCAGGUGUCUAUAAGAGCCAGGAAGCACGUCUGAUGCUGCUGGUGUAUCAUGUGAAAGCGUCCUCAUCCACCACACUCAGCAAGAUCAAAGAAGACCAGUGGACCCUGGAUGGAUUUGUGUCUCCUGAACCAGAUGGGUCCACAUAUGUCUUUCAAGGCUUUAUACAGGGUAAAGACUACGGCCAGUUUGGCCUGCAAAGGCUAGGUUUGAAUAUGUCAGAAAGUAAUAAUUCGUCAAAUCCACCACAUGGUACAAACAGUAGCUCUGUGGCCAUAGCAAUCCUUGUGCCUUUUUUCGCCCUGAUAUUUGCAGGCUUCGGAUUUUAUCUCUACAAGCAGCGGACUACUCCAAAAACCCAGUACACAGGCUGUUCGGUUCACGAGAACAACAACGGGCAGGCCGCCUUCGAGAACCCCAUGUACAACACCAACACAAAGUCCUCGGAAGGCAAAGCUGUCCGAUUUGACCCCAAUCUGAACACAGUCUGCACAAUGGUAUAAUUAGGUCCGCCUGACACGAGAACAUCUGUGGAGUUUUUUAUUUAAGGGUUUUUGCUUUGUUUUUUUAAAUGGAGGUGGAAACAAUCGCAUUACAGUCAUGGACGGAUUUGUCUGAGACUCGCAGAGGAUGUCUAGCACAAACGCUGUUGCCCUUCCUCUGAUAUAUAAAGCACACUCUUCAGGAACCAUUUUGACCAUGUGCGUCCGCAGAGGACAUGUAUGAAAUAUGAAACACAUUGUCAUGGGGGAUUUUUUUUUUGAAGACUCACUCUGAAAAGCUUCUUCAUGACGGAAAGCAUGAAGAGAUUCUUCUGCUACCUUAUUCACACUCCGUGAGUGCUUCUUCACAGUUGACUGGGUAUUUUUUUAGGGGAAAGGGAUCUGUAAAUCUACUUGCAUAUAUAUGAGGAGCAUUCACCACCUAUAUUUUUGUGCUAUAUAUUACCACAUGGGAGAGGCCAAAAGAGAACGAAUCUAACAAGAGUUUAUGAGGAGAUUCACAUCGACCGAUAUGUUAUUUCUCUGACGGUUUUGUACUGUACGCAGUGUUUUAUUUACAGCUCAUUCACAGUCAUUCCUUUAGCUUCGGUUCCUGAUGUCGCCAGUCAUCUCUGUGAUUGGACAUCGAGGCAUUAUGUGAUGUGUUUGGGUAAAAUGAGAGAAAAUGUGUGGAAAAGUGGUGUGUCGUUACCUCCUGAGGAUUUUUUUUUUAAUAAUUGUUAUAGAUCUUUGAUAUUCAGUAUGUGUGUCUGUUGAUAAGCACCCAUCUUCAGAAUGGGCCGUCGGACAAAUGUCAGCAUUUUGACCUGAAGCCUGCAGAUUAGUUUUUCUUUUCUAUUUAUUUUUAAUUGGUGUUUCGGUGUGGAAGUGUCAUUGAGCUCCAUUUGUAUUUGGUAAACAAAUUUGAUAUGAUAAUUUGGUCAUUAUAACAACUUGCCAUUCUUAUUAUUACUGUUAUUGUAUAAAAAAAUUUGUAUAAAAUGAAAUGCACUUGACAUUUAUACAGUAUACUUUUAUAUAAACCUCAGAUUACAUACGGUAACAGACAAAUGCAUGUUUCUUAAGGUAUAUUGAUAUAUGGUGGCAACAAUAUGAUCAUAUCUAUCGUGUACAUAUGGCCCGUCAAACACCUUUCCGGUUAUGUCUGACCUUGUUGUGUUUUACACUAAACACGUUCAUCCAAAUCAUUAGCAAACAUUGAUUAUUUGACCUUAAAAAAUAUCUAAAGUGGGUUUGGUCAACCUAAAUGAAGUUACUACAAAGAAACUAGACAUAUCACACUAUAUGUUUGAUAGGAGAUGAAAUUCUGAAGAACGCAGGGUCAGACACUGUUGGUCAUGUGUUUCCAGGCCUGCAAGCUGUGAGAUUCAUUCCAGUGCCUUCUAAAGUACUCACCACCACAUUUUCCUAAACAGGUCAUAUGAAAGGAUAUUGAAAAUGAUUAUGUGUCAGUAGAAUGAAUGUGAUAUUACAGUCCAGGUACGCUGUUGUGCAUCGGCAGGAGUGAACGCUGCAGUCUUCAGGAGGCUAUGCUGACAUCAAUGUCCUGGAGUUCCAAAAUCCAACAAACCAACCUGUGAUAUUUUUUGCAUUCAUUUUUGCACUCAGCCAUAGGGAUUUGCAGUCUUGCACAUCAUUGACAUUACUGAUUUAUUUGAAUUUAUUAUUUAUCUCUAGGAUUUUGUUUAAAUACAUGGCAGAUUUUUACACAGUGCCUACCAAAAACCAUGUGACCCAGGUCUGCUGCUUCCUCACUUCCUCUACUCAUUCCUCACCUUCUGCCAUAUAGUUUAUGGAUUUUAAUUUCUCCCCGCCCCUUGAAAUGUGUGGCUCAGAAAUACAAUUUUAUCCAACGCCACUGCCCGUCCGAGACAUUUUAAGUACCUUCGCCAGUCUGAACUUAUUUGCCAACAACAGCUUUUGCUAUAACUGACUGCAAUAAAAGAAAACACACAUUUAUGAUAAAAAAAGGACACUUUUCGAUCAAACAGAUGAAUAUUUGCAGUACAGCUGGGUACUCCUCCCAUGUUAAUGCAUUCAAAAGAGAUAUAAAAAGAGGGUAAAAAAGAAUAUAAAAAAAGUUUUGUAAAGAAAUAUAUUUUUAUGAAGAAAUUAUUUGUAAAAUGUAUGAAACUAUUAUGUAAAUUUUCAAUGCAAUGUAAGA